UUUCUGCAGUUCCUCAGUGUGAGGAGUGAAGAUGAAGCUUCUGAUUUUGGCGGCGCUUUUAGGCCUGAGCCUCUCCCAGCACGGCCCGCACUUCAAGAACGGUCGCACCUCCAUCGUUCAUCUGUUCGAAUGGCGCUGGAACGACAUCGCACAGGAGUGUGAGCGGUACCUCGCUCCCAACGGCUACGGAGGAGUUCAGAUUUCUCCUCCGAGUGAGAGCAUCGUCAUCACCAACCCACCGUAUCCAUGGUGGCAAAGAUAUCAGCCAAUCAGCUACAACCUCUGCUCCAGAUCAGGAACUGAGUCUGAGCUCAAGGACAUGAUCACCAGAUGCAACAAUGUUGGGGUAAAUAUUUACGUGGACGCGGUGAUUAAUCACAUGUGUGGCGCCGGAGGCGGCGCGGGGAAACACUCGAGCUGCGGGACGUAUUUCAACGCCAACGCAAAGGAGUUUCCAUCAGUUCCAUUCUCUAGCUUGGACUUUAACGACGGGAAAUGUAAAACGGGCAGUGGUGACAUAGAGAACUACAACGAUAUUUACCAGGUGAGAGACUGUCGUCUGGUCAGCCUGCUGGACCUGGCUCUGGAGAAGGAUUACGUCCGUGGUAAAGUGGCCGAAUACAUGAACAAGCUGAUUGAUAUGGGCGUGGCCGGGUUCAGAGUGGAUGCCUGUAAACACAUGUGGCCUGGAGAUUUACAAGCUGUUUACGGGAAACUCAAAAACCUCAACACCAAGUGGUUCGCCUCUGGAUCCAAACCCUUCAUCUUCCAGGAGGUCAUUGAUCUCGGCGGAGAGCCGAUCACAGCUUCGCAGUAUUACGGCCUCGGCCGAGUCACGGAAUUUAAAUACAGCGCUAAACUGGGAACCGUUAUGCGCAAAUGGAACAACGAGAAACUCAAAUACCUGGUGAACUGGGGUGAAGGUUGGGGUUUAAUGCCAACUGAUAAAGCUUUGGUGUUUGUUGAUAAUCAUGAUAAUCAGAGAGGCCACGGGGCCGGAGGAGCCUCAAUCCUCACCUUCUUUGAUGCCAGGUUGUAUAAGAUGGCUGUUGGUCUGAUGUUGGCGCAUCCGUACGGUGUCACCCGAGUCAUGUCCAGCUACAGCUGGGAUCGCAACUUCGUCAACGGACAGGAUCAGAACGACUGGAUCGGACCUCCGAGUUAUAGUGAUGGAGCAACCAAGCCGGUUCCCAUCAACGCGGACACGACGUGUGGAGACCGCUGGGUGUGUGAGCACAGGUGGAGGCAGAUCAGGAACAUGGUGAUUUUCCGUAACGUGGUUAACGGACAGCCGCAGGCGAACUGGUGGGACAACGGAAGCAACCAGAUCGCGUUCGGUCGCGGGAACCGCGGCUUCAUCGUCAUCAACAACGACGACUGGAACCUGAGCGCCACUCUGAACACGGGUUUGCCCAGCGGUACUUACUGUGACAUCAUUUCUGGUGAUAAGCAAGGAAGCUCUUGUACAGGAAAGCAAGUGCAAGUGGGUGGAGACGGACGUGCAAACUUCCAAAUCAGUAACUCGGCUGAAGAUCCGUUCAUGGCCAUCCAUGUUAACGCCAAGCUGUGAAUGACCACUAAGUUUUAAUAAAGUAUCUAUCCAUCUAUCUAUCUAUCUAAUAAACAGAAGAUGUAAGC